GCAAUGAUGCGGAACACGUUCAUUAGCGCGACGCGGUCGACCGACUGCAGCGUCCCAGUGGAGCGACCGUUUUAUUUUUCGUGGUCAAUGGGCCAAGCAUGGCCAAGUUUCAAAACCCUCCUUGGGCAACAUCGGAACUUGCUCGCCGGGCGUGUGUGUCGGCUGAAAUGAAUCGGCGGGUGCCGGACACACAUAAUCGGCGUUUGUAAUUCGUAUUUGUAAUUCAUUCAUCUCGUUAGUGCGUGUUUAGCGUCAUUGUUUAUGCUCGCUUCAGUGGAACGCAGUGUUGCGUCUACGAGCAGGCCGUGUCUGUGCGUGGUGCCAGCGAAGGUGUGGCAUUGUGCAGUACGGUUGGUUUACCGGCCAACGUCGCUCUGUACAGAACAGAGAAGCACGGCUGUGUUAUGAGUGAAACUUGUUCUUGCGGCAGUCGGCGCGGCGGUACAUUUGGACUGCUGAUGGGCCCGGGACCGCGCUUGUUCGUCGAAGUUGUGGGCGCGACACCAUCGACAACUGUCACCAUGCCUGGACAGGAAGCAUAGAGUCGAAGCAACCAUGGCCUGUGAUGCACUCCAGGGAGCUCUGUGCCAGGAAGUGGAAUCCCUGGUGAACGAGUUCUUCCGUGACGGCACCAGCAACCAGCGAAAACAUGAAAUAGAGUGUCGUCUGUCUGAGCUCAGUCGGCGGGAGGGCAGCUGGCGACAGUGGCUGCAGCUGGUCUGCUGCCGCAAGGAGCCUGGACUGCUGGCCUUUGCCUUCUCUGCCCUCCAGGAUGCCAUUUCAGGGCACGGCCUGGACCUGUCCGCUCGUAGGCAACUCCGCAGCAGCCUGCAGCACCUGCUGCUGUCCUCACAGCAGCAGCCGGCGUUCGUGCGUAACAAGUUGUCAAAGCUGCUCGUGGACCUUGCUUGCGUCGACUGGCCACACAAUGAGCCAAGUUUCUUCGAUGACAUUGUGCAGCUGUGCCAGUCUGAAGAGUCACGGCCACUGGGGCUACUGCUGCUGCAGAUGACAUCGGAGGAAGUGGCGACUGCACCUCGCGGGAACUUGACCGCUGCCCGCCUCGACGAGCUGCGUCACUUAGUCAUACAGCAGAUGCCUCGCACCUGGGCAUUGAUUACAGGUGUGCUGAAGAGCAGCUCUGGUGACAGCGGGAACGCGCACCAGGCUCUUCGCUGCACCGAGCACCUGUUGAGCUGGUUGCCCCUGUCAGCUGUGGACCCCAAGCUCAUGGAUGCCCUCUGUUGCUGCUGUGCUGCCGCUGCAGCCUCGUCUUCACUGGAGGGCCAAGUACAGAUUGAUGCCGAGGAGCUGGGUGUCUUAUCUCUAAGCUGCCUGUGCGAGGCCCUGGCACGGGCUACGGCAGCUGACCUAGGAUCUGACUGCCUUCAACUGCUUCAGCAGUUUGCCGUCGGCGCCCUGCAGACUGUCACUUCUCCCACCUUUGCUGUCUCAGCGCAGAACAGCUACCUUGACAAGCUGAUCGAGUUCCUGCGCCUCUUCGUUGGGGCAAGCCUGCCCUGUUUCGAAGACAACAGUCCUGCACUUCUCCAGCUGCUGUCUCUCUUGUUUGACUACACCUUCCGAGAGUCAAGUGCAGAGCGGUACUGUGUGUGCCUGGAGAUGUGGGGCACCUUGCUGGCAAGGCUGGCGGCGCACCGGUCGGCCGACAAUUACCGGCCGCUGCUGCAGACGCUGGUGGCCCGGUUGUUGGCCCGCUGCUGCCAAGGAAAGGGCAGCGCAGCUGAGUCUUUGGUGGAACCCCAGCUGGCGUUGGUCUCGAAGGCAGCUGAACUGUCGCCCCAGGACAUUUGCACACAAGUGAUGGAGCUGCUGGAUCCAGAGCUCAGCCAUUACCAGUCACCACAUGGUGCCGCUGCGGUUGAACGAUUGCACAACCUAUCCGCCCUGCUGCAAGCUCUGGGGCGAUUGGCUCCUCAUCUAGACACCAACCUGGUGCACAUGACCACCACACGGUUGUGCCAGGCUGCCAUCUAUGGACGCCAGCUGCUUGCGAAUGCAGACGCUGUGCGAGUGGCUGACAUUGCAAAUGUGCAGGCACAGUUGUUGGCUUCCCUGCGAUUGCUGUGCGCUUAUUUGGGAAGCAAGGCCCCACCCACAGAACUCCUGGUGGAGGCCACUUUGCCUCCGAUCCUUGAACAGAGUCUCGAGAGUGUGUGUCAAGCUGCGUGUGGCCUGCUGCUCACCCUGAGCUCGAGUGUGCGGCCAGCGCAGCUUCUGUCGCUGGCACCGAUGCAGCGACUGUGUGAGCAGCUGUGCCAGGGGAGCCUUCGACCGCUGAGCCCCCAGUGUGAGCAGCUGGUGGUACAGGCAGCGCAUGCGGCCUUAUGCCUGCCUUGGUCACGAGUACCUGCUGCAGCCCAGUGCUGGGACCAGAGGGCCAUUGCGCAGAGCAGCCUGGUGAAUUCCCUGGCACGACCCUUGCUGCAGAACCAGCCACCAGGGGAGGCAGUGGAACAUAGCCUAAGGUUGCUGCGAGCCCUGGUGGAGGUGCUGGAAGGUGCGGGAAGCCGAUCGAAGCAGGUCGCGAGCACAGGUCUGGCUCCAGUAUGGCCCUUGCUUCUAGAGCGCCUGCCGCCCACCCUGCACAGCGGUGGGGAGGACCCGGUGUUGGGCACGCUGGCAUGCCUCGUGCGAGUGAUGGCAGCACAGCUUGGAACAAGCCGGGUAGGUCCCCUGCUCUCCGCCCUGGAGCAGCGGGUGUCCCAAGAGUCCGAGGACGCGAAGGCUGCCAGCGGGCUGGAGUGGCUGCUGGCACUCCUGCUGCCCCUGGUCCGGGAGCCGAGCCUGGGCGAGUUCCUGCCGGCCAUUCUGAGGCUCUGCCUGGACCAGGUCCAGCCACGACUUGCCCAGUGCCCCGAACUUGUGCCCGUGCUGGGGCCACCCCUGUUUGAGCUGCUGGAGCAGUGCCUGGUGUGCCACUGGCGCCGGUUCUUUCCCGGCGGCGUGGCAGCCCCCGAGGAUCUGCACAAUGGGCCCGAGUUCGGCCGCCUGCUGUCCGCCUACGGCUGGUCCCUGCGGAUGGGCGAACCUGGUCUCAUGCGCCAGAACUUGUUGGCCCUAUCGGCACUCAACCGCCGGUGUCGGCUCUUUCACAAGCUGGCCUUCCGGGAAUGCCUUCUGGCGCAGUUCGUGGAGGCUCUGCUUAACUGCCUGGUGUCAUCACCUGUGCGCGAUCUGCUCAGGGACGAGUUUCAGCAGCUGCUGUUCGAGCUGGCUGCCGUGGAUUUCGAGGCCUUCUACGGCCGCCUGCUGCCGGCCCUGAUCCCGCCCGAGCCACUGGCGGGACUCGCCUGGGAGCGGGACCUUCCUUCUUUCUCUCGACAGAUGGAGCGCCUCAUCGGUGACUUGCGGCGUGCCGCUGGCUGAUAAAGGCGUUCCAUGGUCGAGCGACUUCCCACGUCAACGGCUCCAACGUCGAUGGAGUCGGUCCAGGCAACUGACCAAGUGAUCACGGCACUUUGAUGUUGUCUGUGGCCAAAUCGGGUGCAGCAGUACACUGCGACGCUUCUCAGCCUGUGCUUAGUGUCACGUGAAGAUCAGCGUUGCAUUGCUGGCUUUUUCCUGAUCAACCCCUCAAAUUUCGGUGAUACCUCCGAGCUGUGUGUAAAUCUGACUUAGUGUACUGCAAAGUAUGCCAGUGAGUUCACUGCCACGUGAAUGAAGAACUUCUAUAUAUCUGGAGUACAGAUGAACAGUACCAGUGACACAGUUUUAAGAACCCGAGUGUGCCUGGCCUGCCGUGCAGCGUAUUACGUGCCUUCUGGUUAUAAAAUUCAUUAUGGCGUGUUUCGUAACGAGUCAUGCAAGUUGGUUUGAAGCACUCGUUCUUGAGCUACCAUUUGUAUUUGCUGAAGAACAUGGUUACCGCCCGUGUCGUUGAUCUUGUUUCUUAGCCAUUGUGUUGUUUGAUUAUUAUUAUUAAUGUUAUUAUUAUUGUUGAGUAGUAAACUUGUUGAUUUGUGAUUUCGAGACCUGCUGCACGUGUUCAAAAGCAAAAGUGGCUACAAUAUUUGUAUUUUGAGCGGCAGUAAGAGGCUUUACUUCAUGCACGUGUGGUCACGGUGAAGAUUUGCCAUUGUGCCAACCUUUUUAUGUCAGCAAAACUUGAAGUUAUUGCAAGUUCUUCAAAGUGCACGCCAUAUCAUAUAUUGCAAGUAUAUAUGAUAUAUCAUAUCACAUACAGUUAAACCUCGAUAUAACAAACUUCAGUGCAACGAAAUUCUUGAUAUAACGAAGUAUUUAAUAUUUUGUAGCUUCUUGUCCAUAGAAUGCCAUCUAUUGGAAACCUCUAUAUAACGGAGUGUGUUUAUGCAUAAUUUCAAUAUAAAAAAAUUUCACUGCUGCCGCGAAGAAAUGCCGAGACAAUAAAUGGAAACUACCGCCGAUGAAGAUGGUCAAAUAGUUUAAUUAAAAGCGGCUAACGCACCUCUCAUAUCGUGUGCCGAGCGACCAAAAGCAACCGCCGAAGCGGAGCAGCAUCAUAUUCUGUAUAAAGUAAAAGUGUGAUAAGAUCAUAUUGCACCCUUUGCGCUCUAUGCUUUGGUUGCGAGUGAAAGCAUAUGAGCAUGAGCCGAGAAGGAUGGUGGCUUGAUGAGUGCAGCCUUCCCGUGUGAGUAAGGGGAAAAGGGGCUGAGGGGGUGGGAGUUCACUUGCAGUAACACCAUCAAAUGUGCGCGCAGAUGGGAGGGAGGGAGUUGGGCCAGUCGCACAGCCGUUUAUGCGCACGGCUGUCAGCACGGCUGAGGGCAUACAUAGCCCACGCACCCUCCUAUAGAGAUAACCUGCGACGUGUGCAAAGAGUGGGCGUGGUGAGAUGGCGUGGCAUCAUGUGCGCUGUCUUCCCACACGUUUAGUUCUGGAGGUUCCGUAAUCUCGAGUUUCGGAGGUGCGUUGAAGCGACAAGCAGACGAAGCAUUCGCUCUCCGCUGCCUGCACUUUUCCUGAUAGCGUCGUCCCGCUGCGGGUGACACUGUCAACCACAGAGGCGGAAUGGAUGCGAAAGCGUCGCUGGCUUUGCUUUGUAUCGCCGAUGUGAACAUAUUGUCAACAGUGCAUGAAGCCGCACACUUUGUCACCGACUGUCAAAUUCAACGAACGGAAUUUUUUUUCUCACUCAACUUUGCUUUUUUACGAUUGACCGAUUACUAGUCGGAAAAAUUUGCAGCCCCUUCCAUGUAAGGAAAAUCCAUCGGUGACUGUACUUUGCGUUUAAGGUUGAUUUUCAAUAGAAAGAAAUUUCGAUAUAACAAAGCAAAUUGCCGAUUUUACCGACUUUGUUAUAUCGAGGUUUAACUGGUGCCAGUUACAUUUUCUCAGGAUGUGGAAAUGCUAGCUUAACCAUAUUUCACCAUCAGCAGCCUGCCUCAUGUUUGUUUUUUUGUCACUGUGCUACAGCUGGUGGAAUGCAAGUUGAUUGGCGCUACAUAUGCUGUUGUGAUUUGAGACGAAAUUGUUUGAUGUGCUCACAAAACUUCGGAAACUUCUUGCAACUAUACUUCAUAUUGAUUACUCUAUAGAUUCAUUCAGCAUCUGCACCUCUUUUAUCAAGAUAUCAAUUGGUAAAGCAUCAAUUUCUUCUCUCUCCUUUCUUUUAUUUAUUACGACAAUUUUAUAAAUAAUUGGCCUUUUUGUUUUCAAGCAGUUAAACCACCGCACAACCAUGUAUAUGUUUAAAAGCAUAACUUUGUUGGCUACAAAAUGCACCAGCUAUGCUCAAAGUAACGUUUUAACAUUGACAGCUAAGUGAGCUCGUGCUUUGGUGUACUGUCUCUGAUGUCGUUGUCCUAAUUUUUGUACUGUUCUUCCGCCAUGAAUUCAACAUGAACUGAUCCUAAUUUUUAUUUGUUGCUUUUUUUCCCUUGCAAGUGGAUGGCUUUAACUUGCUAAUGUACUAGUGUGGCUCUAGCUUUUCUUUAAAGGUGGAAGUGUGGAUUACGCAUGGUUCUUUACAUUAUAUUGAGUCAAAGGUUCUUGCAUUUCUGAAGUGUGUGCAUGCCUGAAUGUGCACGUGCAUGUCUGAAGCAUCCUAAAUGUGUCAUGUUUGACGAGAUAUGUCAGCGAACACUUGUAGAAACGCGAAACUUUAUUUGGGAAUUGCACGCACACAUUUGAAAUGAUCUGGGAAGUGCUGUGUGUUUGAUCAUGGAUGUGAAGUUGUGGUGCAUAGGUGUAACAAGACACCAACGGAGAAACACAGAUCGUAGACUCAGGUUCGUGCAGCGCAACUUCAAAUUCAUGAUGAAUAGUCAAAUAGACUUCACACAACCUUUCAAUAUGUGUACGUGUUUGUUAUCACAAUAGCCUUUGCACAAGCUUAGGAAAUUGACCAUAGUUGUCAGGAAGGCUAGCCAACUGCCCUCAAGAGCCAGAAUGGAAAUUUCUAGACUAUUAGUGAACCAGCAGUGGCUACUUUCACAAAUUCCUUCUCUGCAGUUGUGUAUCAGCGUCAGUUCUUCAAUAAUGUUUGUGGCACGAUUCACUAGGGUUUUUGUGAACUUUGUGUCCAGAACUCUAGAGGUUGUGUACUACAUGGUCACUGUAGUGAAGAGCGUUAGUACAACACAGACAUACUACUGUUAAUGUGUUCCUGUGUAGAUAUGAAGUUGCACUGCACGUGGAGGCAUCUGGUGGAGAACUGCUGAACCAAAAUGUUCUAUACCAAAUAUUCUGAAUUGAGCUGUUGCUGCAGUGUCAUUACAACACCAUGCUUUAGUCGUACACUGCCAAUAGAGAGACAUCCUGUGGAUAUGCGCUAAAGCAAAAGUGCUAAGCCAUGGCCUCCGAGAUUUUCGUGCACCGGCAGGUUUCUCAGCCAGUACACGCACAUCUCGGAGGCCAUGGCCCGACCAAAUUGUUGCAGGACUACUGUUUCAGUGCAGUUUCAUUCGUGGUGUAUUACCGUGCAGAAAAUUGUCUGACAAUUAGCAGACAUUUCUGUACGUUUGAAUGCAGCAGCUGCAAGGCAUGUGAUUACCAUGCUAUUUGUACAGCUGAAAUGGGUACGUUUUGGGGGUUAUACACUCUUAAACAAAUAUACACCCUUUGGGGUGUAUAUUUGCCACGCAACAAUAAUCUUCAUCUGUCUUGCUUGCGUUUCCUUACUUGAAAACACUGCGCUCGCUACUUUCCUGUGGAGAAUGCUCUGUCAUGUUGAUAACGGGUAUGUCGUUCGUGACUUAGAAGUACUAGGCUCGUCGCGUUAAAGAAAGGAAAUGCUUACAAGACAGAUGACAAUUAUUGUUGUUUGGCAAAAGGGUGUAAUUUUGCUUAAGAGUGUAUGCCAGUCAUGCUGGCCACUUUCAAUCGGAAUCAAGCCCAAUUGGCUCCUUUGUGCAAGCUCCAGAAGGGAGCCAAUCGCAACGAAAUUCAAUUCCGAUAGGGCUUGAUCGCACUUGAAAGUGCCUGUGUGACGCCUGUAUUAGACUCUCUUUUAGACAGCUGCAGCUUGGUGGGAAAUCUACAUAAGUGACUAUGUUGCCUUUAGAGAUGCUUUUUCACCAUGGGGAUUGACCAGGCCUGAAUUGCGCUAUGUAAAGCAUGUCUGCCCUGCUGAGUUUUGCUUGUGCAACUGCUCCAUGAGAUGUCACUAGGAGCAUUUUGCUUUCCAAUAUGUGGAGAUCAAGUCAAGGCAAUCCAGGGUUUUGCUGGUUUCUAUGUGCUGGUCUGAGCCACUUGUUUCUCAGCAAACACAAAUUGCACAGCAGAACUGAUGAUGUUGGCACUUGACCAAAAUAUUUGUGUUGUUUGAGUAAAAUAGUAUUUAUCUGUUGAUGUGCAAAUAUUUUAUAAGCACUGUGUUUGUGAGCAGCAGUUUGUAUUGUGGAUGCCUUUCACAGCUACAUAAACCAUUUUAAUGUUUGCA